GUGAUGGUGCAAGGAGGGAGGAGGCUGUGGCGGGCAGGGGUGCUCGGAGUUGUGAAUGACACAGCUUUGCCAGAUGACAUGUAGGGGACCUCUGCAUCAGCCAAGAGGAAUUAAGCUUUGUCACUCCCCGCUGGGACUACCUUUUUCCUGGUAUGUGCGCAAGGAAUUCAUAUGCUGCUGCUGCAGCCACCAGAGCACAGCCCUGAGUACUCUUUUCCACGGCAAGCAGUGAGCAAGAAUGAUAGCUGUCUCUUUUAAAUGCCGUUGUCAAAUUCUGAGGCGACUUACUAAAGAUGAGAGUCCCUACACUAAAUCCGCCAGCCAGACAAAGCCGCCUGAUGGAGCAUUGGCUGUGAGGAGACAGAGCAUCCCAGAGGAAUUCAAGGGCUCCACUGUGGUUGAACUGAUGAAGAAGGAAGGCACUACCCUUGGGCUGACAGUCUCAGGCGGAAUUGACAAGGAUGGCAAACCCAGAGUAUCUAAUCUGCGGCAAGGAGGAAUCGCUGCUAGAAGUGAUCAGUUGGAUGUGGGUGACUACAUCAAAGCAGUGAAUGGCAUCAACCUGGCCAAAUUCCGCCACGAUGAGAUCAUCAGCCUGCUGAAGAAUGUUGGGGAAAGAGUGGUUCUGGAGGUGGAGUAUGAGCUGCCGCCAGUCUCUGUUCAAGGAUCGAGUGUUAUUUUCCGAACGGUGGAAGUCACGUUACACAAAGAAGGAAAUACCUUCGGUUUUGUAAUAAGAGGGGGAGCACAUGACGAUAGAAAUAAAUCUCGUCCAGUUGUAAUAACCUGUGUUCGUCCAGGAGGGCCUGCUGACAGAGAGGGCACAAUCAAACCUGGUGACAGGUUGCUCAGUGUGGAUGGAAUUCGACUUCUUGGAACCACGCAUGCUGAGGCCAUGAGUAUUCUCAAACAGUGUGGGCAAGAAGCAACGCUGCUGAUUGAAUACGAUGUCUCGGUCAUGGAUUCUGUGGCAACAGCAUCUGGACCACUACUAGUUGAAGUUGCCAAAACUCCGGGUGCCAGCCUUGGGGUGGCCCUAACUACCUCAAUGUGCUGUAACAAGCAGGUCAUUGUCAUAGACAAAAUCAAAUCUGCAAGUAUUGCAGACAGGUGUGGUGCUCUGCACGUGGGUGAUCACAUCCUGUCCAUCGACGGCACCAGCAUGGAAUACUGCACGCUUGCAGAAGCAACCCAAUUCCUAGCCAACACCACCGACCAGGUCAAGCUUGAGAUUCUUCCCCAUCAUCAGACCCGCCUGGCCCUGAAGGGACCGGACCAUGCAGCUUUGGUGUCUUCAUCCUUCUCUCCCACCUCCAUGAGCGCAUACAGCCUGAGUUCCCUGAACAUGGGGACUUUGCCUCGAAGCCUCUACUCCACUAGCCCACGUGGGACCAUGAUGAGGAGGAGACUGAAGAAGAAAGACUUCAAAAGCUCACUGUCAUUAGCCUCUAGCACCGUGGGCUUGGCUGGGCAGGUUGUUCACACAGAAACCACAGAGGUUGUGCUGACUGCGGAUCCUGUCACAGGAUUUGGGAUUCAACUGCAGGGCAGUGUGUUUGCUACAGAGACCCUCUCCUCUCCACCUCUGAUUUCCUAUAUUGAAGCUGACAGCCCAGCCGAGAGGUGUGGGGUGCUUCAAAUUGGAGACAGAGUGCUGGCCAUUAAUGGAAUCCCAACUGAAGACAGCACCUUUGAGGAAGCCAAUCAGCUCCUCCGAGACUCUUCAAUCACAAGCAAGGUCACGCUGGAAAUUGAAUUUGAUGUUGCAGAGUCUGUCAUCCCCAGUAGUGGAACAUUUCACGUAAAGCUCCCUAAGAAACACAAUGUGGAACUUGGAAUAACCAUAAGCUCACCAUCCAGUAGAAAACCAGGAGACCCCCUGGUUAUAUCAGAUAUCAAGAAAGGCAGUGUGGCACACAGAACAGGAACCUUGGAACUUGGGGAUAAGUUACUCGCCAUAGAUAACAUCCGACUGGACAACUGUUCCAUGGAAGAUGCAGUUCAGAUCCUCCAGCAGUGCGAAGACCUGGUGAAGCUCAAAAUCCGCAAAGAUGAAGAUAAUUCAGAUGAACAAGAAAGUUCCGGAGCAAUUAUUUACACCGUGGAGCUGAAGCGCUACGGGGGGCCUCUUGGCAUCACAAUUUCAGGAACUGAAGAGCCGUUUGAUCCUAUAAUCAUUUCAAGCCUCACUAAAGGGGGAUUAGCUGAAAGAACUGGUGCGAUCCACAUAGGAGACCGGAUCCUAGCCAUCAACAGCAGCAGCUUAAAGGGGAAGCCUCUGAGUGAAGCCAUCCAUUUGUUACAGAUGGCGGGAGAGACUGUCACCUUGAAAAUUAAGAAGCAGACAGAUGCCCAAUCAGCAUCAAGUCCCAAGAAAUUCCCUGUUGCCAGCCACUUGAGUGACCUGGGAGAUGUGGAGGACCCAUCUCCAGCACAGAAGCCAAGCAAACUCAGCGACACAUACCCCUCCACUGUGCCCAGCGUGGACAGUGCGGUGGAUUCAUGGGAUGGCUCUGGAAUAGAAAGCAGCUAUGGGAAUCAAGGCACUGGCUUUCAGGCCUCAGGCUACAACUUCAACACCUAUGACUGGAGAAGUCCCAAACCAAGAGGCAGUUUGUCCCCAGUCACUAAGCCUCGAAGCCAGACUUACCCAGAUGUGGGACUAAGUAACGAAGAGUGGGACCGGUCCACCGUCAGUGGCUUCACAGGGGCUCCUGACAGUACCGAGGCCGAGCAAGAGGAGAACUUCUGGUCCCAAGCGCUGGAGGAUCUGGAAACCUGUGGACAAUCCGGGAUUCUGAGAGAACUCGAGGAGAAAGCUGACAGGCGUGUGUCUUUGAGAAACAUGAAUCUCUUGGCAACGAUCAUGUCGGGGAGCACGAUGAGUUUGAAUCACGAGGCCCCUUCAUCUCGCAGUCAGCUGGGGCGACAGGCCAGCUUCCAGGAACGGAGCAGCUCCCGGCCACACUAUAGCCAGACCACUCGCAGCAACACUCUGCCCUCAGAUGUGGGCAGGAAAUCUGUCACCCUGAGAAAAAUGAAGCAGGAAAUAAAGGAGAUCAUGUCCCCAACUCCUGUGGAGCUGCACAAGGUGACCCUGUACAAGGGCUCUGACAUGGAGGACUUCGGAUUCAGUGUAGCAGAUGGCUUGCUGGAGAAAGGAGUCUAUGUCAAAAAUAUUCGCCCAGCUGGGCCAGGAGAUCUUGGUGGCCUAAAGCCCUACGAUAGGCUCUUACAGGUUAACCAUGUCCGAACGAGAGACUUUGACUGCUGCCUUGUUGUACCCCUCAUAGCGGAAUCUGGUAAUAAGCUGGACCUGGUGAUUAGUAGAAACCCCCUGGCUUCACAGAAGUCCUUAGAACACACUCUACCAGGAGGAGAAUGGAGCGAGCAGAACAGUGCUUUUUUCCAGCAGCCGAGCCACGGUGGUAAUUUGGAGAUACGAGAACCCACUAAUACACUAUAGCAACGCUUUUUAUAAAGCGGGACAAAAGACGAUAUCUACAUGGUGCUAAAAAAAAAAAUCCCGUUAAGAUUUCUGUGACAGCUGAAGCACAGAUAAUCACGUGGCAUUAACUGCAAGCACAGGGGUCUUUUAAAUCUCUCAUGGCUCAUGUUCCCUUCCCUUUUCAAGUUGAAGAGGCUUCUUUGUUGGUGAUCACUAUGGUAUGUGCCAGGCAAUCCCCUGCCAAACCCAAUGGUAGAGAAAAAGAAAAACAGGCCACCCCUCUCUACAGUUAACAUCAGAGGACAUCUGUUCACAAGUCCAUCUUCCUGUUCCUUUUUAAAAAGAGAAAUGUCUGUUUGAAAAUAUUCUCUAAUUUCCUUAAUUCACUUUGAAAUCAGUUUCUUACUACAGAGUUAUUCAUGUAAGAAUUUAACUGACAAGGCUUUUCAUAAAGCUGGCUCUGCUAGAACUAGUCUGGUGAGCUGCUGGGACUGCUGCUAUGGGAGGGGUACAGGUAUAAAAUUAUCUUACGACGUUUCAGCAACGGUGCACGUAGGAGACCAUAAUAGGUGGUGGUACAUGUUUUGCCCAAGUAUAGGAAUGAUUUUAACUAAGAUGUAUGCUAUUCCCUAUGCAACAAAUCAUCAAACAGGAUAUGUCUUGUGACCUGUUUUGGGGUUUUUUUUUUUUUAAGGACACAUUUUUUAAUAGCUGAAAACUCUCUGGUAAUGAAUUAGGGUGUUUAGUAACACUGAGAAUUAGUUAAAUUAUCUUAUUUUUAAAAUUCAAGACUAAGAAUUUAAGAGAGAAUGAAGAGUCUAUUAAAAUGAGGUUUAUCUUAAGGAUAGGCAAAUGAAACUCAUACUGCUUGACAUGUUUUGAAAACUGGUUAUACUGAGGGGUGUACAGCACAUGUACGUAAAUGACUCUGGACUGUCUUUUGUUCUGAGCCAUGCCACUGACUGAAAUUGUAAAUACAUUUUCACAAAAGGCAUUGCCAAUUAUUACCAUCCCCCAAAGCAAUAAACUGUGACAGUUGCUUUUAAUGUCUGUCAGCAACUGUUUUCAUUUGUUCAGAUAUUUUGAAUAGUUACACUAAUAACUGUUAUUUGGUGAAUAUUAAAAAAAAAUAGAUCUGUAUAUUGAUUGUAGAAUCUCCAUACUGAAAAAUUAUUUUCCAAACAUUUUUUAUUUUGGUCAAUAAUUAAAACAACUGCUUAAGUAAAGCAUCUGAACACUGUGUCCCUUGUUUAAGGAAAAAGUUCACCUUUUGUUUCUGUGCAAAGAAAUAUAUUAUUUCAAUCAUAUUUCAGAACCGCCAGGGCAAGAAAGUAUAAAGCAGAAUCAUGUUAAGAAAAAGAUCAUGAGUCACUUAAAUAUGUAUUUUUAUUUGUAACAAACAAGUAUUAAACUGUAAAGUAUUUUUGUACAAAUUUAAUACUUUAAUAGCAUGGUAUUUAUCGUCUAUGUAUGGUUUUGGGGAAUUCAAAAUUGUUGCAAAUAUUUGUAUGGGAAUAAAAAAAACCCUCUAC